CUUUUUUUUUGAGUAGUAAUUUUUUAAGAUGGCGACGAAAAAAACGCGUCUUGUGUGAUUGUAAUCAUAACAAUAUUAUUUUUACGCAAAUACUAUGUCGGGAAAUUAUUAAAAACUAUUAAACACUCUUCGCUAAUAUCGAAUUAAUUAAAUUAAAGUGAAAUUGUGUUUGAAAUAAAUGUGAAAAUGGCUACAAACAUGUAUCGAGUAGGAGACUACGUCUACUUUGAAACAUCUUCAUCAACUCCUUAUCUCAUACGUAGAAUAGAAGAAUUAAAUAAAAAUCAAACUGGAAAUGUAGAAGCAAAAGUAAUGUGCUUUUACAGACGGAGAGACUUGCCAAAUCCCCUAGUGCAAUUGGCGGAUAAACAUCAAUUGGCAACAGCCGAAGAUUCACCACUGGCGAUGAAACUGAAGAAGACUUGGCUUCGAACACCAGUUGGAGAAGAACAAGCGGCACAGGCUGUUUUAGAUCCGUCCAUAGCAUCAUUGGAUGAAGAUCGAACUAGUCCGAUAAGUACAUCGGCGGCUAAUAUCAUAUCGGAAAAAAAUAAUGAAUCGCUGUCAUCGAAGCAACGUCACCAAAUAAAACAUCGAGAAUUAUUUCUAUCCCGACAAGUUGAAACAUUGCCCGCCACCCACAUAAGAGGAAAAUGUUCUGUUACAUUAUUAAAUGAAACAGAAUCGCUCAAUAGUUAUCUUAAUAAAGACGAUACAUUUUUUUAUUGUUUGGUUUUUGAUCCAAAUCAAAAAACCUUAUUGGCUGACAAAGGUGAGAUACGUGUAGGAAGCCGAUAUCAGAGUGAGAUUCCUGGAAAACUAAAAGAUGUACAAUUGGAUGAGCGAAAGCUAGAGGAUCUUGAAACCCUUGUAUGGACGCCAAAUCACAAUCUAACUGACAGAAAAAUAGAUCAGUUUUUGGUUGUUUCACGGUCUAUUGGAACAUUUGCCCGCGCACUAGACUGUAGUAGUUCGGUUAAACAGCCAUCGCUGCAUAUGUCAGCGGCUGCUGCCAGUAGGGAUAUAACCUUGUUUCAUGCCAUGGAUAUUCUUCAUAAGCACAAUUAUUCUAUGGAAGAUGCUAUGUGCUCGUUAGUUCCUUCCACUGGGCCGGUUCUCUGUAGAGAUGAAAUAGAGGACUGGAGUGCAUCUGAGGCUAAUUUAUUUGAAGAGGCACUUGAUAAAUACGGAAAAGACUUUAAUGAUAUUCGACAGGAUUUCCUACCAUGGAAAACUUUAAAACAAAUAGUAGAAUAUUAUUACAUGUGGAAGACCACAGAUAGAUAUGUACAACAAAAGCGAGUGAAAGCUGUGGAAGCUGAAUUAAAGCUCAAACAGGUUUACAUUCCACAAUACACAAAAAGUAAUCCGGCGAUGAACAACCCUACCAAAGGUGGAAUAUUCAACGGAACCACAACUAAUGGUGGAACUGAUUUAUCUAAUAAUGGAAAACCAUGUGAAUCAUGCUCAAGUGUUGCGUCAGCUCAGUGGUAUCCCUGGGGACCCUCUCAUAUGACAUGUCGAUUGUGUCAGAAUUGUUAUAACUACUGGAAAAAAUACGGAGGUUUAAAAAAUGCAACGAGAUUAGCCGAAGGAAGUGAUACAGAGGUUAAGAAGAAACAGCCCACACCAGCUACAACACCUCUUGGACCCAUUACACCCACCCCAGUUAUUGUCACAGAAACUGUUAUAGUUGAUGAUGAGAAAGUAAGCGAUCUUUCUAAUCGUCAGUGUCACAGAUGUUCGAUUGUGAGCUGUGGUAAAGAAUUUAAAUUGAAAACACAUUUAGCGCGACAUUAUGCCCAAGCGCAUGGUAUUGCGAUUAGUUCUGGAUCGCCGCGUCCCAUAAUGAAAACUCGCACUGCUUUCUAUCUCCAUACAAAUCCUAUGACACGUUUUGCUCGAAUUUUAUGUAGAAAGUUUAUCAAAACUAAAAAAGCUGCCCGGCAGACAUCAUUUGCAAUAAAUACAAUGCUGAUUAAGCAUGAAUUUAACUUACGUUUGACUGGGAAAUCUCAUUUGGAUAUAAAAAAUAUUUUAUUAGCUAAGAAGAGGGAUAGAAUUAGUGUGACGAAAAUUGCUAAUCGUUUAGGAUCUCCAGGGCCUGGCCCACACGAGUGGCUGAUAUUGACGCCCAAAGAUAAAUUGCCCAAACCUGAUUUAGUGGCAUUUCCAAAGCCCCCAAAAGCACCCGAUGGAUCUUUGCUAUAUGAACGUAUUCCGAAUAAAGUUGUUGAAAUCGAAAAAGAUGUUACAAUUAUACCACCUGCAAUAUUACGCAAGCGACCAAUUGAAGAGAUGAAUGGCGCAGAUGUUACAAUUAUACAAGGCCCACCACCAAAACGGCCAAAUAAGGAUCCAAUGCCAUCACAUUGUCCUAGUCCUGAACAGUUUGCAGCAAUGAUGGCUGCUUCUGGGCAGCCAUUAGCUAGACACCAUUUAAAUGGAAAACCAAAAAUCACACAAAUGUCAAGAACGGGAUCUGGCCGAAAACAAGUGAUCAGUUGGAUGGAUGCUCCAGAUGAUGUGUAUUUUAGAGCUACCGAUUCAAGCAAAAAAGCUAGAAAAGUGUUAUCCGUAGUGGAGCUUCGGCGAGCAGCUCGUAAACCAUGGCGAAACCUACCCAUCAAACAAAUGGUGCCCAGACCAAUUGAUCCACAGGUUGUGAUACUAGACUGACCUACAUCGACAGAGCAUCAACAGCCCUAUCCGUAUACAAUGGAUGCCCUUCUUAAUUAAACAAAAUAAGAAAAAAAAAUUAUAUGCACAUAACUAUUGUUUUUAAAACCUCAAUCAAAAAUUUAAAACUCCUGCAUAAAUAUCGUUCGUGAGUUAAUAAUUGUUGAGAUUGAUGAAAGUAUCACAAUUUAGAACAAGGUGAA